AUGGCGGAGCGCCCGCCCGCCCCACACGAGGCUACGCCCGGGAUAAUAACAGCCUUCUGCAGGCGGAAGUUCCUUCCUGCUCGUGGAACCACAGCUCGGAAUGACCGAAUAUUGCUAACAACUCGGAAUAUUCCAAAAUUGCUAGGAAUAACUUGGAAUAACCGGAAAAUGGUAAGGAUAGAUAAGAGAGCGGUAAGAGUGUGGUGGGUGGUGAUGGUGGCCGUGGUGGUAUUGGUCGCAGCAGAGAUGACCGAAACCUGGUUCGAAUACCGCGCCCGCACUAAGAGGGAGCUGAAGAACAAGGCUCGCACGUCACUCGACACUAACAUGGAGCUUGAUGAACUCCAUUCCCGGCAGAAGAGGACAAUCUCCUUCCCGACGGGUUCUACCUUCACCAUCACCCCUGUCCUCUGUAUUCCUGUCGUCAACGUCGGCGACCUCGUCGGGUACUUGGACGUCGAGCUGCCGUUCACUAUCAAGCUACCCAACGCCACCCAGGUCAGCUUCGCCGGUAGAAUGGACGACGACAGACUUGGUAUCUACGCUGUUGUCAUUAACACCCUUUCCAGGUUCGGCGUGGACGGCAAGUCGUGUCUCCUGAGAGCUGUGUGUGAGGUGGCCGAGUCUCCACUCAGAGACGAUGGCCUCUUGGGAGAGAUCCUCAAUAUCAUUCUCACCGCCUCCUAUGGAUCGACGUCGAGCGAGUUGUAUGACUACGUGAACGCGGAGUACUACGGUCGAGCUUAUGGUGACUGUUGGUCUGCCUAUCCGCAGUGUCCCAUGUCCCUCUUCAAGUUGUUCGACGACGACGACUUAUAACAUGGUGGAGUAGAGGCCUUGUCAAGGGCCUCUUCUGUUCCUCGUUUUACUGGCGGCUGCCUCUAUAGUUGCUGUUGCUCUGGCUGCGUCUGCCGCUGCGAUGUCACGCAAUAUUAACUCUAGAUUUCGUGAUCCUCCUUGUCCAGUCACUCUACGCUUCACAUCCGUAUAAGCAUACGGUUGCUCUCACUUCAUACAGUUAUCCCAAAAGCCAGUCCUCAUUAUAACUUGUGCAUUUUCAGUUAGACGUUGAGUUACACAGAGAGUAAGCUACAGCAGAGAUAAUUUUUUAAGAGUACCAAAGAUAAGCUACAGCAAAGAUAGUACUUUAGAAUUAUACAGAGGGAUAGGCUACAUCAGAAAUAGUUCUUAUUUACAUAGAGGGAUGAGCUAGUCUUCUUAGCUUAGCGCCUUCUUUUUAUAAUAACUUACACUGAGGGGCUAGACUACAGCAGGGAUAGUUCUUUUAAAUAUACACAGAGGGAUAGGCUACAGCAGAAAUAGUUCUUAGAUAUACACAUAGGGAAAGGUUAAAACAGACAUAGUUCUUAAAUAUACACAGAGGGAUAGGAUACAGAAGAUAGUUCUUAAAUAUAUGCAAAGUGACAGGUUACAUUAGAGAUAGUUUUUAAAUACAUACAAAGAGAUAGGCUACAGCAGCGACAGUUGUCAGGGAGCAGCACAUAGCAGACGCAUGGGACGAGUGACUCAGACAAUUUUACAGCUACUUGGCGAAACAAAUGUAUGCUGGAGAAUUUAACUCUUGAGUUCAGCUAACCACUGUUCAUGUAGGUGUUGUUCCCUUCAUAACUUAUUUCAUUUUAAUCGUCAAGAGAUUGUUUUUUUGUGGUGAUUGUUACAAAGAAACUAUCGGAAAAGGUAUUGUACUUUCAUGCACGGUCGAAAAGUGAGAAAAAAUUUUUAUUAGGUAAUAAGCCAAUUGGGUUUAAACUUGUGGACCACCAGAGUAUAUAGUACUCAACUGGCAGCUUAGUCAAUACUUCAUAAGUCUUUUGUCUCACACAUUUAACCACUUGUAUUGUAUUCUUCACAAUACAGCAGCACUGUAAAUAAGUCGCACGUAAAUAACUCGACCAGUCCAGCUGAGCACCAUUAGGUCUGGCCAGUUACUGGAUGGGUGACCAGAUACCCACAUUUAAUUAUUUUGGUAUUGAGACCGUCGCCGAUCGUUUAAGAAAUCGCCAUUUGUGGAGGCUCACGACAUCAUUAUUUUAAAACCAAUACGCAUACAUUACGCUUUCUGGAUCCUAUGUAAUAGCGUUAUACUCAUCCAUAAUGUAACAGUACAAACUAUACUCAAUGAAGUUUAAUACAUCGUUACCACCCGCCAAGUUUUAAUUCCUACUAGAAAUAGACCUGUUGAACCUAAGUCUUACCAUACCUAACUUUCACCUACGUAAACUGAACCAGGUCUAAUCAGUUUUGUAGUGUUUAAAUUUUAAUAAUAAAUUAGUUUCAUCAUGAAAACCCAAUGCCCGACCAGAGAGCCAAUCACAUUUCCGAAUUAACUGAUAACAAAUAAAAAUAAACAUUUAAGUAGAUUUUUUAUAUUCCCGUUGUAUUUACACAGACUUUAUGAGUGACGCUGCCUUCAGCGACGUCAUGAUGAUGGGCGUAGCAAUCUUGAGUGACGUCGCGGGCAACGUCAUCUUGACGCGGUCUGUGGACUGUUGGCCAGUAUUUGACAGCAAUAUUUUUCUUUAAGUUCUCUUACGAAAGAGAUAUAUAUAUAUGUGUGUGUGUGUAUUUGUGUGUUCCGAAUCAUGGGUCUCUAUGUUUAUGGUGUACACAUGUUCUUCUUGUUCUAUGUUCGUGUUGUAUCAUGUUCUUGUUGUACCAAGAUCUAGUAUCCAUGUUCCUAUUGUACCAAUGUUCCCGUUGUAUCAUGUUUCUGUUGUACAUUUCUGCUGUUGCACCCAUGUUUAUGUUGGUCUAUUGCUCUUGUUGCACCCAUGUUCUUAUUAAGUCUAUUUAUUUCUUGCACCAGUGUUCUUGCUUUACCCAUGUUCGUGUCAGCUGUAGUCACAUCAUACCUUAUAUAUCAAGGCUAUUAAUCGGCCCCUUUGUACAGGUUCCAACUGUUCACUUAUCAUGCGGCAUUGCUCCUGGGAUUAAAAAUAAUAUUGGAACGGCCUUAUAAGAUCUUCACUCGGAAUAUCUAAACGAAACAGAUGACUGAGGCAAAAGAUGGUAAAGAUGAGGCGUAAGACAGUACCUUUGAGGCGUAAUUAGUAUAUGGUGUAAGAUAGUGCAUCUAAAGCGUAAGGUGGGUAGAAUGAGGCGUAAGAUAGUA